AUGAAACACAUCGAGACCACACAGAGAAGUGUUGUUUGUAGUGAGUUUGUGUCAGUGACUGAAGGAGAUUCAGUGACUUUAUCUGUCAGUCUCACUGAAUCACAGAGAGAGGACAGAAUCUCCUGGAAGUUUAGAUCUCAAGAAAUAAACGCAGCAGAAAUUAUUAUAGUUGAAACAGAAGAUAAGGGAAAAAAUGUCACUUUACAUGAAGAUAGAGUUGAAGGAAGAUUCAGAGACAGACUGAAGUUAAACAAACACACUGGAUCUCUGACCAUCACAAACACCAACAUCACACACACUGGACUUUAUAAAGUGAACACCAUCCGCACAAAUACCCAACUCAAAACAAUCAAUCUUACUGUCUAUGCUCAUCUGCCCAUUCCUGUCAUCACAAGAGUCUCUCCACAAAAAUCUUCAUCAAGCUCAAUCUGUUCAUUAGUGUGUUCAGUGUUGAAUGUGAGAGAUGUGAGUCUGUCCUGGUAUAAAGGAAACAGUUUAUUGUCCAGCAUCAGUGUGUCUAACAUUAAAACGACUGCAUCUCUACCUCUGGAGGUUGAAUAUCAGGAUAACAACACAUACAGAUGUGUACUCAACAAUCCCAUCACAAACCAAACUCAACAUCUCAACAUCACUCAUCUCUGUCAGACGUGUUCAGCCGAUUUCAUCUGCUGUUGUGGUUUUACUGAAGCUGUGAUCCGAUUGGUCGUCUCUGCUCUGGUGGCCCUGGCUGCUGUUGCUCUUCUGGUUUGCGAUGUCAAAACCAGCAGAAAAGAACAGAAGAGGAUGAGAUCAAAGACUCAAAUAAAUGACUGAUGAAUCUGUAGUUUAAUCAUCAGUAUGCUAUAUGCUUGCUUGCCUAUCUUCUAUAUUUAUCUAUCAUGAAAUGCAACUUAACUUUAAAAAUACAUUU